CCGGAGGAGGAGGAAGAGGAGGAGAAGGAGGAGGAGGAGGAGGCGACGACGGCUGUCAUUUUUUUUUUCAUUCGCAGGAACGAGCACGUUUCUCGGGAGCAAACCCAGGCGGGUGUAACAGUCCUGCAGGCUCCGUCAGCGGGUGGUUCAUCGAACGGUUUGUCCCGGUUGUGGUUGAACUUCGGCGGUGAGGGAGAGAGAGAGAGAGAGAGAGAGAGAGAGGGGGGAAGAGCGAGAGAGAGAGACGGAUGCUUUGGAUGACAACAGUAAUGAAUCGCGUCCUUAUUUUUCCGCGCAUCCUUAAAGCCUUGUAGCUCCACUGCAGAUAAUCCGUGGUAACAACCCGAUUAUUCUAAUUAUUAAUAAUAUUAUUAUUCGUGUCUGUUUGGACGAGUUUCUGCUCCCACUCUGGACAUCACCACCACCAUCAUCAUCCUCGAGGAGGAGGAGGAGGAGGAGGAGAAAACAUGCCAGUGAGUCGAGAGCUGGACUGGAUUUUAACACACGACGGAUCAAGACCAGCGGUCACUCUCUCCUCAUAGCCGACGCAUGGUCUUUAUUCAUUCAUUCAUCCAUUCAUCCCACUAGUCAUUCAGUAAUUCAACAGGAACCGACCGGCGGAAAAAAAGGCUUCAAUCCAGUUUUCUGCUGCUACAGUGAGAGAGAGAUAGAGAGAGAUAAAGAGACAGAGGGAGGACCAGCUCCAAACACAGCGAUGGAGUCCCUCCACGCAGACAGCUGUUAAUGGUAAACACAUUAGUUAAAGGGCUGUUUUGGAAGAGGAGAAGUUGAGAAGGAAAGGAAGGAAGGAAGGAAGGACGCAGCUGGCCCUGCGUAACCCGGGGACAUACUGAUGGAGAGACGGAAUGUGGUGUCCACUCUGACUCACUGAGGACAGUGUCGGGUAAACGACACCCGUUCAAAAAUCCCAGCGUGUGUGUGUGUGUGUGCACGAGGGUGGUGGUGGUGAAAACCGGUUUUUGAUGCGCGAGAAAGUGACGUGCCGCCGCCCCCCCACCUUCCCGCCCUUUGCCACGAGCCUCUUGUCAACUCAACGAACAAGGCAGCCAAGUACUUCAUCUGUGACUGCUCAUAAAUCCCUCCGUCUUUGACGUUUUUUCUAUUUCAUUUUUUAUUUUUUUUUUUUUAAAUAGACCCUACAUGUUUUUUGGAGUGCUCAUCAGACGGGCUCACCCUGACUCUCCAAAUCUCGUGGGAUUUAAAGGAAAUUAACGGCCGAAUCUAAAAAAGAGAAGGAGGUAAAAAAAAAAAUAAUAAAAAAAGGGGGAAGAAAAAACUGACAAACAGGAGCCGCCUUUAUGAAGAUGCUGAUGUGUGACCGCGGCGUCCAGAUGCUCGUAACGACGGUGGGCGCGUUCGCCGCCUUCAGCCUUAUGACCAUCGCCGUGGGUACCGACUACUGGCUGUACUCGCGCGGGGUCUGUCGCGUGAAGAGCAGCGGCGACAACGACACGAGCCGCAAGAACGAGGAGGUGAUGACGCACUCCGGCCUCUGGCGAACCUGCUGUCUGGAAGGAACAUUCAGAGGCGUGUGUAAGAAGAUUGACCACUUCCCGGAGGACGCGGACUAUGAAGCGGAUGCUGCUGAAUAUCUGCUCCGUGCUGUGCGUGCCUCCAGUAUCUUCCCCAUCAUGAGUGUGGGUCUGCUGUUCCUGGGCGGGCUCUGCGUGGCCGCCAGUGAGUUUUACCGGAGUCGACACAACGUCAUCCUCAGUGCGGGAAUCUUCUUCGUCUCCGCAGGCUUGAGUAACAUCAUUGGAAUUAUUGUUUACAUCUCGGCUAACUCGGGCGACCCGGGCCAGAGCGACAGCAAGAAGUCGUACUCUUACGGCUGGUCUUUCUACUUUGGCGCCCUCUCCUUCAUCAUGGCGGAGAUGGUGGGCGUGCUGGCCGUGCACAUGUUCAUCGAGAAACACCGCAAGCAACGAGCCAAGUCCCGCACCGAGCUCAUCAAGAAAUCCGCAUUCAGCCGGAUCCCCUCCUACCGCUACCGCUUCCGGCGCCGCUCCAGCGUGCGCUCCUCCGAGGCCCCCAGCCGCGACACCUCACCCCUGGGGAAGGGUGGCUACACGGGGCCGGCCGCCUCUGAGAUGCCCAUGUACACGCUGAACCCACGUGAGGCGGGAAACGCCGGCACCAAACCCGGCAGCGGCAUGGGCGGGCUGCUCAACUCAGAGAGGGAGUUCCUCCAGAGUAGCACGCUCACUAAAGACUACAGCAAGGACCCCAACCGCAGGACCACACCUGUCUGAGAGGUGCUGGCUGCAGAUAUCACCCAGUCAGAGUAUCAAAGGAUGGUGAUGAGGAAAAAUAAAGGGGGUCGCAAGCAUAAGCAGGGGCCACGCAGGGUUUACGGGGUGGGGAAGGGGUUUGAUAAACUUCGACUGUGAACUGUGAACUUUUAGCCUUUGAACUGUGAAUUCUGAGCCCUGUGAGAGAUUCAGUGAGUGUAGCAGGAGGAUUUUUUUCAAGGAGAAGUUGUUCCCAACUCCACUUUACCACAUAUCACUGUAGUUGUACCUGUAACUCCUUACAUGUGAAGGCACAUUCAGUUUAUGUUCAUAAAUGGACUCUCUGGCUUUUUCAGAAGGGACUGAAAUUUACUAAAGAUUGAAGAGUAUAUUGUAAGGGGUUUUGCAGUCUAGAGCAACUUCUCCUAAAAAUGAAAAUAAUGUGAAUUAAAGAUAAGAGGGAGGAGGUGAGAGACCAUGUGUGAUCUUCUGCUUUCUGACCUCCUUCCUCCUAACCUUUUAACAGGCUUAAAGCACUGAGCUGCCUCUCUGAUUAUGGCACCAUUAAAACAAAGAGGAAUUUAACACCUCGGGAGAGGGAUGAAUUCAUUUUCAGUUCAGCAAAGAAUUUGAAAUUCAAAGAUUCAGUUUGUCCAUUUUGUUGCGGCACAUUUGUGACACUACGUCUUGAUUUCUAUACAUAUUGUAAAUAUACCUUUUUUUUCAUAUUUAUUUCUAACUGAACUGAAAGUGAAUUGAGCUCCUUCCUGGUCACACGUACGCCGUCACGCUCUGAUCCCAGGUCAGCUGUUAAACCUGCAUUCUGAUUUGUUUUUUCAUCAAAGGGAAAACAAAAUAUUCGA